AUGAAUCAAUUUCCUCCUUCUUGGUUUUCGAAAUUUCUCAACUCCGACGAUGAUAAAUUAGAUAGCCAUAUUAUUCCUUCAGAUAAGAUAAAUGAUUUUACUAGUAUUCUUUCCGUAGAUGUCGACGGAAUUGGUGGUAACUUUAACUUAGAGAUGGCAUCAAAUUGCUCAACUUGUAAAGAUUAUGUUGAACCUGUGAUAGAAGAUUUCAGUGGUGGUGUAGCUUCAUUAACAUUUUUGUGUAAUUCAAAUAUCUAUUUGACUCUUUUUUAUGACGUGACACUUAAUUUUAUUCAGAUUUUUGAGGAAUUCAUCUAUCCAAAAGGAGAUCCUGAUGCUGUUUCCAUAAGUAAGAAAGAUGUUGAUCUAUUACAACCAGAAAGAUACAUCAAUGAUACGAUUAUCGAUUUUUACAUUCUAUAUCUGAAAAAUAAAAUACAAGAGAAGGAAAAGGCUAGGUUUCACUUUUUCAAUAGUUUUUUCUUUCGAAAGUUGGUUGAUAUGGACAAAAUUAUACCAAAUAUUUGUGACGGAAAAUCAGCAUUUCUACGUGUUCGUAAAUGGACAAGAAAAGUGAAAUUAUUUGAAAAAGAUUAUAUUUUCAUACCAGUGAACUUCAAUCUUCAUUGGAGUUUAAUAGUAAUUUGUCAUCCUGGUGAAGUGGUUAAUGUUAAUGAUAGAGAGUUGGACAAAUCACUUAAGAUACCCUGUAUAUUGCACAUGGAUUCUGUCAAGGGAUAUCAUAAUAAUCUAAAAGACAUUGUACAAAGUUAUUUAUGGGAAGAAUGGAAAGAUAAGAUGAAAGAUACAUCUGGAGAAGAUCUCUCAUCAAAAUUCUUGAAUAUACCUUUUCUCUCAAUUGCGGUACCACAACAGGAAAACUCAUAUGAUUGUGGCAUCUUUUUGCUUCAUUACAUAGAGCUCUUUCUGACGGAAGCUCCAUUUAAUUUCAAUCCAUUGAAACUAACUAAGCUUUCCAAGUUUCUCAAUUUGGACUGGUUUCCACCUGAAGAGGCUUAUCACAAGAGAACACGUAUUCGCGAGUUAAUCUUUGAACUGAGGAAAAAUCAUGACUCACAUUUCCUUGAUAAUGGAGACUACCAAAACUUAUUAGAAUAUAAUGACAAUGUAAAUGAUGGUCAAUGUCAUUUAACCAAUCGGGAGGCAUCAACUUAUCACUUUUGCCCAGGAAUAGACAUGAAUUCAUCUUUUGAUGCUUCUAGUAUGGUUUUUAAGGAGCACUUUGAACAAGAGGCUAUAUUGGAAACUUCAUUAGGACAAUGGCAAUCUUUUGACUCUCGGUCAUCUAAUUACUGUUUCAAUGGUUUAACAUUUACAACAGAGGAAGAUGUAGAUUUUAGAGAUCAACUCAUGUAUAUGAGUACACCUCCCAACUACCAGCAAGAGACUGAAAUUUCACCUCAUACAAGUUGUUCAUCGCAUAAUUCAAAUGACGUAGAGAUAUCAAAUAUCAUGUUUUUUGGCAACAAGAAUUGGUAUCAAGAUUUGUCCUAUCAAGGGACACCAACUCUACAAUUGAAUCAAGUUUCAGAUGUUGUAGAUAACAAGGUUAUCGAUGAUGAUGUUCAGAUUAUUGACAAUUUAAAAGUUGAUUCUCUGAUGGAGCGACCUGCAAAGAAGAGGCGGCUUAUGCAUCCACGUUGUUGGGAGUGA